CGCAUAUAUCUCGUCUCAUCACGCGUAGAUAGUCUUCUCACUCCAACCUUUAGGCUUUGCGAACGAACAUCGCAGUGUCUGAUCAUCUGGUAUGGUUGGCCGACGCGAAGCAUGUCUUACUACGACGUCGACGCCAUCUUGACUGACUCGCAAAAACUGCCCUGCACCUUUGAAUUGGACGUGCCUGGCCUCGGGUACUUGGAUGGCAAUGCCGGCGGAACAAUCAAAGCGGGCACCAAGAUCGAUCUGCCCAUGUGGCUAGGCGUCAUGCUCGCGGUGUCGACGGGAAACACGCCUGGUUCUCCAAGGCUCGUCACGCUGGAUUUCCCGGCACCGCUGCAGCAGCGCGUCAUCAACGCGCUUAAGGCAGACCCCAAGACAGUCGAUCUGCGCACGCAGGCACCGCACUUCUACGCCCUCGGAGCUCGAAUCAUGGAGUUAUUCGAUGAUCGCGCGGUGUUGGAUACCUUGUUAGAUACAUUCAAAGAACGAGCAGCAGAAAUCGCCGAUCAAGCGCAUAACCCUCGCGGCGCAUUGGGCGAGGGAGCAGAGUUCCUGCGAGGACUGGAGGAGAGUGAACGACAGUUAUUCAAGGCAGCACACGAGGGUCCCAAAGCCGUGAGAGCUUGGACGCAGGAUUUGAAGAAGAACACUUGACAUUGUGGACCUCAAACAACGAAGAGACGCACGCUUGUACGCGACAUUACAGAUUUUGCAGAGUCGACAGACAGUUGUAACGAGAAAAACGAUAGCUCACAUCCCCAACAGCCAUUCUUAGCCAACACCGCCCGCGGCCUCCUUGACCUUGGC